ACUGUUAUUAAUGCAUGAUGUUUAUUAUGAAAAUGCCCCUCCAUACAUUUCAAAUAUUUUCAAUUUGUACCGAAACAAGAGGCCAACUCGAGCCCUAAGAAAAACGCCCCAUUUUAUUGUACCCGCGAAACAAUCUGAAAAAACUAGACGCGGUACUGUAGUUUCUUCUAUAUCUGAAUGGGAGAGGGACACAUUACCUGAUCAACUCAAAACCAUUCCAAUAAAGCGCACUUUUAAAUACCAUCUUAAAAAACAUUUAUUUCCGAAGAAGACCCUAAUUGACACAGUCCACUUGAAUUUAGACAGGCAAGCUGAAAUAGUACUUAAUAAAACCAGAUGUGAUUUCAUUUUUCGUUACCAUAAGUUCCAGCAUCAAUUCAAUAAUGUCAAUCCUCAAUGCCUGUGCGGUUUUCGAUCUCAGACAACCCAACACCUAUUCUUUUCUUGCCCCCUUUUACUUGAUCUCAGGGAACAACUAGCACUUGACCUUGCAGGGAUACCCAAUUUCAACAUUAACCAUUAUAACAAACUAAAUGCAAAAGAGAAACUAGAUACAUUGUUAUAUGGUGGCUCAACAUAUAAAAUUGAAACUAACAAGCUUAUAGUCACAACAACUGCCAACUUUAUUUCUUUAAUUGUAGACUAUGUUUAACUUUAUAUAUUUGGUGUAAAAUGUCACAUGUAACUUACAUGUAUUGUCAUGCUGAGUGUUCAGCAGCCUAAAAUUACUUGAUUUUUAUGUGCCUACUUAACUCUAUUUUAGAAAUUGUAUAAAUGUGUAUUUGUGAAAAUCGACAUGGGCCACUAAUGCCAAUGGC